AGCGAGGCCGCGGCGAGGAGGGGGCGCGGCCCGGCGUCUGGGAGCGCACAUUCCUCCGCCGCGCGCGCCGCCGAGUAGGGCGCAGCGUCUCCCGGCCCACGCGUGGCCGCCGGAGCGACCCCGGCCCGGCGCCGGCCCCGCCCCGCCCCGCGCCCAGGGGUCCCGGGGCGGGCUCCGGGCUUCGGGCGGACGAUGCGGCGGCCCGGCCGGAGCGGCGGCGGGAAGCGGAGGCGGAGGUGACGCGCCAGGGCCGGCGGGCCGGGCCAUGCAGCGCUCCCGGGCGGCCGCGGACGAGGCGGCCCUGCUCCUGGCCGGGCUGGCCCUGCGGGAGCUGGAGCCCGGGGGCUGCUCUCCGGGUCGGGGGCGGCGGGGACCGCGGCCUGGGCCUGGAGACGAGGCGGCGCCCGCGCUGGGCCGCAGAGGGAAGGGCGGCGGCGGCCCCGAGGCCGGGGCGGACGGACUGAGCCGCGGGGAGCGGGGUCCCCGGCGCGCGGCGGCCCCGGAGGUCAGCGCGCAGCCUGCGGGCAGCCCACGGGCCAGCCUGGCGGGGUCCGACGGCGGCGGCGGCGGCGGCAGCAGCGCCCGUUCCAGCGGCAUCAGCCUGGGCUACGACCAGCGCCACGGCAGCCCGCGCUCCGGCCGCUCGGACCCGCGCCCCGGCCCCGGGCCGCCGUCGGUGGGCAGCGCCCGCUCCAGCGUGUCCAGCCUCGGCUCCCGGGGCUCGGCCGGCGCCUAUGCUGACCUCCUCCCGCCCGGCGCCUGCCCCGCGCCCGCUCGCUCCCCGGAGCCUGCGGGGCCAGCCCCCUUCCCGCUGCCUGCGCUCCCGCUGCCCCCGGGCCGGGAGGGCGGCCCAAGCGCGGCCGAGCGGCGGCUGGAGGCGCUUACCCGGGAGCUGGAGCGGGCGCUCGAGGCGCGCACGGCACGGGACUACUUCGGCAUUUGCAUUAAGUGUGGGCUUGGCAUCUACGGAGCCCAGCAGGCGUGCCAGGCAAUGGGAAGUCUUUAUCACACCGACUGCUUCACCUGCGACUCGUGUGGGAGACGACUGCGUGGGAAGGCGUUCUACAACGUGGGCGAGAAAGUGUACUGCCAGGAGGACUUCCUGUACUCCGGGUUCCAGCAGACGGCCGACAAGUGCAGCGUGUGUGGACAUCUCAUCAUGGAGAUGAUCCUGCAGGCCCUGGGCAAGUCCUACCACCCUGGCUGCUUCCGGUGCUCCGUGUGCAAUGAAUGCCUGGACGGGGUUCCCUUCACCGUGGACGUGGAGAACAACAUCUACUGCGUGCGAGACUAUCACACGGUUUUUGCACCAAAAUGCGCCUCCUGUGCCCGUCCUAUCCUCCCUGCACAGGGCUGUGAGACAACCAUCCGUGUGGUGUCCAUGGACAGAGACUACCACGUGGCAUGUUACCACUGUGAGGACUGCGGGCUGCAGCUGAGCGGGGAGGAGGGACGCCGCUGCUACCCCCUGGCGGGCCACCUGCUGUGUCGUCGUUGCCACCUACGGCGCCUCCAACCUGGGCCUGUUCCCUCACCUACUGUGCACGUCACUGAGCUCUGAGCAGGGGAAAACCCGUCCCAGGGCCGGGGUGGGUGUGGGUGUGGAGGGAGGGCCUGCGUGGGUGGCCCCGGUCAGUGUCGGAGGAGCUCCCUCUAAUCCCACUUUCCCACCGAGCUGCUGUCUGCAGGGGCCGGACCCCCGCGUGGAAGCUUCUAUUUAUUCACCGUCUGUGCCUGCUCAAGUCACUUCCCUGCGGGCCCUGCCUCCCACCCACCCCAUCACCAGCUUUCCACUUGGAGGCCCCCUGCGCGCUGCAGCCUCAGAGUAGGCCGUGGGUCACCAGGCUGGAGAGGGCCCCAGCCCUGGUCAGGGGUGCGAGGUGACCCGGCUGCAUUCGUGGGCGGGAGCUGCUGUCCGUUGUUCAGGGACCUGGGGACACCCCCCCGCCCUCCGCAAAGCGCGCUCCCACGCAGGGUGUGGUCUGGAAGGCGGGGUGUGGUCUGGAAGGCAGGGUGUGGUCUGGAAGGCGGGGUGUGGUCUGGAAGGCGGGGUGUGGUCUGGAAGGCGGGGCUGGCAGGGACAUGGGUGUUCCUGCAUCUCCUAGCGCAGUGCCCACUGGUGGGUGGGAGGGUGCCUGGAUUAGGUGGGGUCCCAGGAGGGGGUUAGGAAUGACACCCUUAGGGAGCAGGCCUGCAAAGGGCACUCACUGCCUGUGGCCACGUGGUCACUGUGGGAAUUGGUCCUGGGGACUUUGAUGGGUGUUUGCGGCCCCACUUGCCGCCCUGCUCCCUCUUCCAGGGCUCCUGGCUUGGCGCCCCCCACCCCCCACUCCCCUGCUUAGCCCGGGAAAAUACCCCGUGCGGCUGCAGCCCCGGGUAUCGCUCAGGAGCGAUGACGGGGGCGCCCUGGCCGCGCUGCAGGAAAUCCUGUGUUUGCGCGCGGGGCACGGGGUUCCAAGACAAAAGGACAGGAUUUGACUUAAAUUAAGUUUUUCCCUUGAGGAUAUUUUCAUUUUCUUUAAAAGAAUAUAAUUUUCUUCUAAGAUCUUGGACCAGCCUUGUUAUUUUUAAACCAAAUUCCGGCAAACUCACAAGUGCCUAAUUUGUCUGUCAUGGAGCUGGUUUUCAGGUGGUAAGAACCUUGUGGUGUCAGGACUUUUGUAUAAAUUCCUCUAAAACCUCGA